AUGUGGGGACUGGACAGGCUUUCCUCCUACUCGACGCCUACGGGCACCCCGCCCCCACGCCGCGACUCGUACUCCCCGGCUCCGCGAAGGGGCUACCCAGCUCCUGCCCAGCCCGUGAGGCCUGGUCUAACUCCGCGCUCAUCUUCUUUGACGCCGUUGGUGUCGCCCAAUGCAUCUUCGACAAGCUUGGCCUCUUCCGCGCGCAUGCCCAAUGGCGGGCCUCGUAGACGACCGACGGCAGGACCUCCCCCGAACAUACCCGAUCCCGUGCACGUGCUUGAGUCCAUCAUGGGGGGACCGCCACGUAGUUUGGCCGCUACAAAUGGGAACGCGUCUGGAAACAUAAUGGGAAGGCCAGAAGAGGUGGAUGAGGACAUUAGUUUUGGGGGCCUUAGCUUGCAAGCCUUUGCGGCGGCGACGCCAGCACCCAAUUCUGUACAUACAUAUAGUGCUCAAUCCGUCGAAGAAUAUGACAAGGACAAGGACAAAUUCGAGGAUCUGCACAAGUCGAUAUUGGCAUGUGACCAGGUGCUCAAGUCAGUCGAGGCCAAUUUGACAAACUUCCAGUCGGACCUGGAGGCCGUUUCGGCUGAGAUAGAAUCGCUGCAGAACCGAUCCAUUGCGCUGAACACCAAGCUGGAGAACCGGAAAGUGGUCGAGAAGCUACUGGGGCCGGCCGUUGAAGACAUCAGCAUAUCGCCUGCUAUUGUUCGCAAGAUUGCCGAAGGGCCAGUUGAUGACAGCUUCAUAGCUGCUCUAGCCGAGAUUGAGAAGCGGGGGAAAACAAUAAACGACAAAGCUCGGAACCAUCCAGAUUUGAUGGCUGUUCAAGACGUGAAGCCAUUGCUAAACGACCUCACCCAUCGCGCAAUCGAACGAAUACGAGACCACAUAGUCGCCCAGAUCAAGGCUAUCCGUUCACCGUCUAUCAAUGCGCAAAUUAUUCAACAGAAUGCAUUUCUAAAGUACAAAGAGCUGUAUGCCUUUCUAGCCAAACACCAGGCAGAGCUUGCACAGCAGAUAGCGCAGGCAUACAUAAAUACCAUGCGCUGGUACUAUCUCAACCACUUCACUCGCUACCGAACUGCCCUGGAGAAAAUCAAAGUACACGCAAUGGAUAGAUACGAUGUCUUGGGAGAAGAUCCAAGCGCUAGAAGGGGAGGGACGCUGCUCGGGCAGUCACGAAAUGCAUCCGCUUCCUACGACGCAUUUUCACUUGGACGUCGCCGUGAUGCGUUGAAGAGUUCUUCGGUUAAUGCGCUGCCAGCAAACGUGGCUGAGGAGGAGAAGUCGGCCCAUUACAUCGAAGUACCCUUCCGAAGCUUCAAUCUUGCACUCAUCGACAAUGCAUGCUUCGAAUACACCUUCAUUUCUACCUACUUUGCUCCUACACAGAACUUCCACGCCAUCUCACGGACAUUCAACUCCAUCUUUGAGCCUACGCUGGCCGUCGGUCAGGCUGUUACAAAGUCACUCGUAGAAGCAACAACGGAUACUCUUGGCAUACUGCUUUGCGUCCGUCUAAACCAACACUUUGCAUUCGAAUUACAGCGGCGGAAAGUCCCAACUGUCGAGGGCUACAUAAACGCAACAAACAUGUUGCUAUGGCCACGUUACCAGCAGGUUCUGGACAUGCAUUGCACAUCUCUCCAAAAGAUCACAUCGGCUCUGUCAGGCCGGCCUUCAACAGGUGCAGCACUUCUUUCUUCCAGUUCUGCUAGCGCAACUUCAACUUCAACGGCACCGACACCGCUGACCCAGAAGUUUGCCAAUCUCAUCCAAGGCAUACUAGCACUCUCAUCGGAAGCAGGCGACGACGAGCCAGUCAGUGUAUCAUUGGCUCGCUUGAGGAGCGAGUAUGAAGCAUACAUCACUAAACAGAGCAAAUCCAUCAGCGAUACUAGGAAGAGAGAAAGAUUCUUAUGCAACAACUACAGUUUGGUUUGCACUAUUUUAGCCGACAUCGAAGGCAAGCUUGGAGAGGAAAUGAUGGGGCAUUUUGAGAAACUCAGGGACAGUUUUGACAAGUAA